CUUCCUGCAUGCCCGCGGCGCGGCGCGGCCGGAGCGCCCCGCAGCCAUGGGCGAUGGGUGGCUGCCGCCCGACUGCGGCCCCCACAACCGCUCCGGAGGUGGCGGGGAGACGGCGGCGCCGACCGGGAGCCGUCAGGUGUCCGCCGAGCUGCUGUCGCAGCAGUGGGAGGCGGGCAUGAGCCUGCUGAUGGCCCUGGUGGUGCUGCUCAUCGUGGCCGGCAACGUGCUGGUGAUCGCGGCCAUCGGGCGCACGCAGCGGCUGCAGACGCUCACCAACCUCUUCAUCACUUCGCUGGCCUGCGCCGACCUGGUGAUGGGGCUGCUGGUGGUGCCUUUCGGGGCCACGCUGGUGGUGCGGGGCACCUGGCUGUGGGGCUCCUUCCUCUGCGAGUGCUGGACAUCGCUGGACGUGCUCUGCGUGACGGCCAGCAUCGAGACCUUGUGCGUCAUCGCCAUCGACCGCUACCUGGCCAUCACCUCGCCUUUCCGCUACCAGAGCCUGAUGACCAGGGCUCGGGCCAAGGGCAUCAUCUGCACCGUCUGGGCCAUCUCCGCCCUGGUGUCUUUCCUGCCCAUCAUGAUGCACUGGUGGCGGGACGAGGACCCUCAGGCGCUCAAGUGCUACCAGGACCCGGGCUGCUGCGACUUCGUCACCAAUCGGGCUUACGCCAUCGCCUCGUCCAUCAUCUCCUUCUACAUCCCCCUCCUCAUCAUGAUCUUCGUGUACCUGCGGGUGUACCGGGAGGCCAAGGAGCAGAUCAGGAAGAUCGACCGCUGCGAGGGCCGGUUCUAUGACAGCCAGGAGCAGCCGCAGCCACCCCCGCUCCCCCACCACCAGCCCAUCCUUGGCAACGGCCGCGCCAGCAAGAGGAAGACGUCCCGUGUCAUGGCCAUGAGGGAACACAAAGCUCUGAAGACACUGGGUAUCAUCAUGGGGGUGUUCACCCUCUGCUGGCUCCCUUUCUUCUUGGUGAACAUUGUCAACGUCUUCAACAGAGACCUGGUGCCGGACUGGCUCUUUGUAUUCUUCAACUGGUUGGGCUACGCCAACUCCGCUUUCAACCCCAUCAUCUACUGCCGCAGCCCGGACUUCCGUAAGGCCUUCAAGAGGCUGCUCUGCUUUCCCCGCAAAGCCGACAGGCGGCUGCACGCCGGCGGCCAACCCGCCCCGCUGCCCGGGGGCUUCAUCAGUACCCUGGGCUCCCCUGAGCACAGCCCAGGGGGGACGUGGUCCGACUGCAACGGGGGCACGCGGGGCGGCAGUGAGUCCAGCCUGGAGGAGAGACAUAGCAAAACAUCCCGCUCGGAGUCCAAGAUGGAGAGGGAAAAAAACAUCCUGGCAACAACAAGAUUUUACUGCACAUUUUUGGGAAACGGCGACAAAGCUGUUUUUUGCACAGUAUUAAGGAUUGUAAAGUUAUUUGAAGAUGCUACUUGCACAUGUCCACACACACACAAAUUAAAAAUGAAAUGGAGGUUUAAACAACACCAAGCCUGAAAGUGAUCUCUGUUUUUGUCUGAUCUGUUAUGGGUUUAUUGAGAGAGUGACUUUUUAUAUUAUUUUAUGAAGGUACUGUAAAUACAUCCGUAUUAUAAAUUAAAAUAUCUGAAGGGACUUCUAUUAUUUUUAUUUCCAAGUGCCCGCGUGAAUCUGCUGUUAUUUUAGCACUUGUGUGUCGUUUCCAUUCUCCUCUGUGUGUGUUUUAUAACCUAUUUAUACUCUGGUGCAAUUUACUACUGUGUAAGUAAUUAGUCGAUGUGCAAUAAAUGCCAUUGCAGCACAAGCAAGCGUGUCUCUAUAGGUUUCGAAACAAUACCUUCCUAUAAAGGGAAGAGCAGUGUUGUUUUUCCCCAGAGAUGGCUCAGAUUACCAACAGAACUUAUCUAAUGGCUUUGCCUGACGCGGGAUUGUAAAACCGUGUUUGAAACCCAACUGGCUUGCGUUCCUGUUGCACCAAAGUCUGCCGACUUCCCUUAGAACCAGUGCUAACAACAAGGUGUUUCCAGCCUGAUAAUGAGGACGCUUGCUUUCUGUAACCGUGCCAUUUGGGGUUGUAUUCAUGCUUUGUUAGAGGCAGAGAGUCAGGGGACUGCAACACUCAGGGCUCUGUGAGCAAGGGGGCUGUGUGUCUGGGUUGUUGGUGCAGAAGGUUGCCCGCUCUCAGUGCUCUGUGAAGGUACGCUGUAUCAAUGUUUCAUUACUGCAAUGAAUGCAGAGUGCACUACUGCAGGCAGAGCAACAAAAAGGCAGCGUAGGACAGCUCACGUCAGUGCGGAAUGAAAGUGAAGCCGUUUUUAGCUUUAUUAGACUCCGAAGGAGAGCUAAGUUAGAAAUCAGCUUCUAGGAAGAGUGCUUCCCAAGGUGAGAUCUGUAGGAGAGCAGCCAACAGUUUGUUUUGGAAAUCAUUUGUUGCGUUUUUUUAAGUUAAAGAAUUUGUCUUUAGCAAUUUCUAGUGAUGUAUUUUGAAGAGUGAAAAAAAAGAGAAGUUGUAUAUUUAGUGCAAGAACAAAAUAGCAGCACUAGGGAGAAAUAAUCCUUUUGAGCUGAUUUAGCUGGAGUCUGACUGUGAGCUGCAGUUAGUGGUUUCUGCCCUGAUGACAGUGGGGAAGGGUCUUUAAGACACUGCAGUGGCAGGUCAGGUGCUGGGCAAGUUCUGCUCUGCUACCACAAGGUACGUUGGUUUUUCACCCUGCAGACCUGGUUCUGUCUGUGAUUCCAGCAAAAUCAGCAGGGCGCUGCAGGUGCAGGGAACAGUGGCAUAGAAAAGUGGUGGCUGCUUGCAUUGGAGAUGGAAUAGGAUGGGGCAGUACGUGAUGGGAGGGCAUGGCAGCGCUAACCCUUUAACCCCAUCACUGGGUUUGACAGGGCAGGAUCUGGCCCCAGCACGUAUGUACUCAGACUUCAGCAAGCAAUGAGUGUUUUGGGUCAGAGGGGUCUGUAGGUGGGAAAUUCAGGGCCAGAGCUUACUCAGCUCAUCCUGCUGAAUAGCUGUGUUGGGUCAUCCCUUGGGAGAGCAUCACAGCAGUAAGGAGGAUAAAGGCAAGGCGAGUGCUGCCCAUUGACCACAGUAGGACCAACUGCAUGAGCACAGCGGUCAGGAGGUGUUCCCAAUGAGGUCUGGCCAGUCAAGGACCCGCUGGGAAAGCCUGGAGCCUGCAAGCUGGAGUGGUAAUAGCCAGUGAAGAGGACUCAACUGGUAGCAGAUGGGGGUCUGUCAUGAGGGGGUACCAAAGGGGUGGCACGGUGACCCUGUAAGCACAGAGGGAUGCUUGUCUGGCCAUGUGCAUGAGCAUGGGAAGCUGUUGUUGACCCCAGGACACGGACUGUGCUUGGGACAGGCUGUGCUUCAUGGCUGGAGAAGGAGCAAGCCCACAAAGACUAACAGGAUUCCUGAAAUGAUCUGGAGAAAAUGAGUCAAAAGCUGAGUGUGUUGGGUUUUUUGAAGAAAGCCAGAUGUGGAUUAACAAUUGGAGCUGUGUGUCGGAAAGUACAGGUGGCAGCACAUGGCUGCACGUGUAUGUGUGCGGAAAAGUCACCAUCAAGAGCACGGGCCUGCAAGGAAUGGAGAAAGGCAAAACAAAUCCCUGCUGGGAAGGCAGCAGGUGUCUAUCAGGGCCCAAAUCAUUUGUUGUGAGUGCCUGAGACGUGUGCAUGUCAGGGCUGGAUCCUCAAAGGUGCCGGUGGCUUUCUGGCAGCAUUUGCGCAGCAGGAUGGAGCAGCAGUCUGCAGCCCUCCAGGUGCCUGGGUGGGAAUGUCAGGUAGGAAGCCCGGUUUUACUUCUGGCUGUCUGCAGGGAAUUGAGGAAAAGUGGAGAUGGAUGUUUCCAAAGUCUGAAUGUACUGAAGUGCUGCUUGAAAACUCACUGCACUUCAAAACUGUGACUCCAUUCGUCAACUGAUUGUAGAUUCACACCAAGCAAUAACUGAUGAACCAAUGAAACAGUGCCCAAAAAAUGUGGCUUAAAAUUAUGAUCUGAGCAGCACCCACAGUACAUACAGGAUUUGACAGCAUCAGCCGUUGGCUGGUGAUGCAGCACGCUCUGCUGCUUCUGUGAGCAGCUGCUUUCCCUUCUGAGUAAGCAUGUGUUUUCAAGUAAAGGGACAACUUUUUCAGCAGCUUGUUAUUUUUUUCUUUGCUAAACCCUAUCUGAAGUUGACUUUUAUUAAUAACUUUUAAAUGGCUAUUUUGCAAACCUUCCUUGUGCCGCGCGCUUUCCUCAUUUAUUGUAAUUUCCUGUCUAGAGGAGUGCACUUAACUUCCUUUAUGUAAUAUAUCAAUUGCAGGGCUGGAAAUUGUGCAGCUAUGAACUAAAGGAGCAGGCUUUCUUGAGGCCAAAUGCGGUCAGGCAUCACUGCCACUGGCAGCAGAAUUUGACCUGAUAAUCUAAUCUUUUUGGAGAGACUAUCUCCACAAAAAUAUUGUUUGCAGCAGUAAAUGACCUCUGUUAAUGAAGCUGGAGCAAUUAGUCCCAUUCAAAGCUGUCAAGAAAAUGUUAACCGCUAACCAACAGUUAACGCUGUAGGUAACGCUGGAUAGCUGAAUAAUAAGUGUUUUGUUUGUCGGUGUGUGUUAGGUGAUGUGUUGGGAAAUAAUUAUCCUUUGACUAGCAGCCAGCUUUGUGCUAAUCAGAAAGGAGAAGUCAUGUUCUGUUUGAAGGAUUAUACCUAAAAAUAGUUCUGCUACAGCCCCAUCAAGGAGGGAAGUGAAGCAAAUUCACCGAGACGCACACACCUUCCUAAUAUUUCAGCCUGAGUCCUCAAAACCCUUUGUUCAGCUGGAACUUUCUGUUUGAUCGUGUCAGGAGCGCUAAUGCGAUCUCCUGGGAUCGCGCUCAGCACGCUCUCCCCGAGGAGCAUUCCCCUAUGCACCACUGACUCGCUUUCACAGCCUGCCAAAUUCCUCAGCGCCCGGGGAGGAAGCAAGGAGUCCUCCUCUCCGGGUAAACAGCCGCACGUAAUGUAAGAUCAACACUAUUUGUAAUCAUGGGCUCACGGAAGGAAUCAAUACGCUUUUUGUUUGCCUGCCCACUUGGUAGGAACGGCCGCAGCAGGCGGUUCGCCCUCGCCAGGGGCUGGCAGACUGGGCUGGGAAAAGCCACAGGAUGGGAAAAGGAUGAGAGAGGUGGUGAUGGCAAGCAAACCUGUUUGCAAAUGGCAAAACUGGGGGCUUUGGAACCAUACUGGAGGUGCUGCCUUCCUCUGGGAAAGUCUCACAACUUCUGAUAGGGGGACAUCAGGCUGACACGCUGCAGAAACAUGAUCUAAGAGGUGCCACCUGCUGCCUGGCAGCUGACACGUGCCCCAGGCACUCCUAAACGAUUUUGACACUUUUUGAGCAGCACCCAGCAGACAUACCUGUCAAACCUGUGGAGGCUGCAUCUCCCCCAGCAGCUGCCCUCCUGCCGAGGCCAUCGCCGCACGCCGAGCUUUGUGACCCAGAGUCCUCCCCGGCCUGGCCUCAUGCCUCAUCUGUGGUCCUAACAAGGGACAGUAAACAAGAGAGUUCGGAUUCAUUAACGGUAAACAGGCCUCAGCUUGCAGCAGGCAUGCGUUCCCUCCCCUGCCCACCGCCAUCUUGUCUUGCUGGCAGCUGGCUGCACGCUCCUUCAUGUUGCUGGCUGCUCGCUUUGCCUUGGCGCCCAGCAGGGCUCUGCCCAGACAGGAGCUGUGCCUCGUCCUGAUGGGCACCGUGCUCAAUGCUGUUAGUGCCAGCUGCAAACACACCAAACAAAUAGAAAAUACCCUGACCUCGAGGUCAGUAACCUGAAAGGGAAAGCAGAAGUGUACCCUGGAUUCUGCCGCUGCUGCAGGCAGUGGUGUGUUGUGGGCACGGUGGUGUGCCUUUCCUCUCUGAUCCUGUGUAACGCGCCGAAUCCUGUUACCCUUAAUGAGAUUAAAUGGGGAUUUUCUCCUGGUUCUGUGCUCCAGCCAUCAACCACUCUUCUUCACCUCCAGGCGAUGAUGUACCUUGCCUCAUGUCUCUCUCAAAGCCAUGCUAUUCAGACUUCUCACCAAAAUGAUUUUGAUAAUUGGUCCUAAACUCAUUGGCACAGAGCUGUGAAAGGUAUAUUUAAGGGAAUACAGCAAAGAGGCACUAUGGGGCUCAAAAUCUCAGCAGCUGCUGGUUGGAUAAAUAUUGCAGCCAGAAAAAAUCCAUUUUUAAAGGCCAUGGUGAAUGCUGCAGAUCCCCUUAAGGGGCUGGCAGUUGUUUCCUUCAGGUGGGAUUUCAGAAUACCCUCUGGUUUCAAUAAAAUAUUUCUGGCGUAACAGAGCAGCUCUUGACAAACAAUUUGCAAUGUGGUAAAAACUUUUAAGUACUUUGUGGUCAAAAUUUCCGGACUUCUUAAGAGCAAGAGAUUCAGAGAAGCCCCCAGCACACUUUCUUAGCAGGGAGUAGAGAACAACUUUCUGCCUGGAAGUUCCUCAGUGCCUCUCCAAUGCCAUGCUGCUCCAUGCUGGUCUCCUCCAUGCAGCCUGAGGGCUUGAGGCUGCUGUUCCCUCCAAGUUCCCCUCACUGCUACAUUCAGUGGGGUGCUCUACCCAUGGUGGAGGUGGGAACUUGGACGCUUCUUCCCCAAUCCCGCUCCAGGAAGGCGAGCGCGGUGACACAAAGACCUGUGCCAACCUACGCCCCUGCUCAGGAUUACCAAACCAACCAUUGUGCUGGGGAGGGAGGGGUGCUUCCUCUUGGACAGGAGCAGGUAAAUUGGGAGACGUCCACAAAGCUACCAUUGUUUAGUGUCCCGGUUGCUCUCUGAGCCCAGCUUUCAAGGAGGGAUGUGAUGUUUGUCUGCUCUUCCCCUAACUACUCGCUUGGGAGCCUUCAAAUAAAGCCUCAAUUAGCUCGCUUACGCCACUGAAAGUAACAUAGGAUGAGUUCCCUGGCAGGCAGUGCCCUCACAACUGGGUAGCAGGGAGACCUGAUAACAGCCCAAGCUAGAACACCAUGUGUAACCCAACUGGGCAGCCAGAAACACUGGGGCACUGAACAGCUUUACAGCGGGUGUUGGACAGGACAGGCAGCCCACCUGGCUCCAGGAUGGUGGCUGCAGCAUAUGGAGCUAAGAUGGCCACACCAAGGUCCACUUGCAGCCACUCCUCACUUCUUUCCAUGGUCACCACAAACAGGAGGAUUGAUAGCAGCACUCUGUAGCUUACAAGAGGUAGGAUAAUAAAGUGCAUUAAAGUGUUCUCAGCACCAAAAGAGACCAAUAGGAUUGUAUAAAAUAUUCAGGCUUUUUGGAACUUUAACAUAAUAUUCAGAGUAAGACAGCUGCAGAUGCAGUAAUUGCCAAUAACAACAGGUAUUGUAACAGUGCUUCAUAUCAUCCCAAGAGCAUCCACACGAGAGCUUUUGUUUCUUUUUUGCUGCUGGUUGGUUGCCAGCAAGCUGGGAGCUGGGUGAGCACAUCUGCAGUUUUCAGUGCCAAUCCAACCCUAUGGCAUGUCUCUGCUGGCAGAGCCUCUGGAGACACACAAGCAUCAGGCUCACUGGGGGGAGAACAAGGCCUUCCAGGAAAGGUUUAUUUCAGCUGGUCUGCAUGGAUUGCAGGAACACGGAUAAUGGCCCGAGGGAAAUGGGAAGGUGCAGAGUGACAAGGCUGAGACAAUCUGUUUUGUUUGCAGCCCUGAUGUCGAUCUCUUGGAUGAGAUCACAAGCUUUGUGUCUGGUGAUGCUGCAGAAGCUGAGAUCCAUACAAGUACCCUUUGAACUGUUAUUUUGCCUUCUCAGGGUGUAGUUACAUCCAAGGGAAGAUCAUGAGACUGACUCGUCAGCCCUUGGCAGAGCCUUGGACCAAGGGGGUUGGAAGUGCAGCUCAGGUAGCUGGUGGCAGCAGUAGUUGGGAACUAAGCUUGUCCACAGUUGCGAGGGGGUGGCAUGGCACCAAAUCACAGCCAGCAGAUAAAUAAUUCCCCAGGAGGAGCAGCUCUGUUUGCACAGUGUUCUGACACUGAUGGGCCCUGUUAGUGACUUUGAGCAAUUCACAUUAUGCGUGUCUUCUGGUGGAAGAAACGUCACUGCUUUUAUUUCUGUGCACUCCACUCAUGCAGGAGCAAGGAAUGCAAUGAUAAAAAAAAGCCUGGAAUGAUGUCACGGCUGGAUUGUUUCCAUUAAUAUAUCUCAUUAUAUAAUGCUUUCAUCACUCUAGAACAUCUCAGGUGCCUUUUAGGAACAUCUGUGUAUCACCAUAAUAAAGAAGGUAACAUUGCAGAGCAUGCUGGGCAUUGAUGAGAUACUUUUUAAUUGCACUGAAUGUGCUCACGCUUUUGCAUGGUAUGGAUUUCUUUGUCUUUAUGUUAUGAGACACUUUAUAAAUUAAACUGUUGAGGUUGUCAAAUGCAUGCCAUUAACACCAGGAGCAGAUAAUGCGGGGUCUGUCACUGCGCCUGUCUCCAGAUAAAGUCCCUGGAAGGAGAACAGUGGCGCUCUGAAUUCCUUCUGACCUCCACUCUUUGGUGCUGCAUCUCAGAAGAGAAAAAUUAUCAUUAUUGGCAUGGCUCAACCUCCCUUUGAAAUGCAGUUAUUUUUUACUCAUGCAUUCCAAGUAUUUUUUGUAUAUCAGUCAGGAACUUGAAACCCCCUUUGAGGAGCAAAAGAUUUCCUGCAGCACUACUAUUAAAGAAAAUGGAUAGAUCAAGUAGUAAAGUUCAGUGACUUACUUAGCAUUAAAUAAGAAAGAGAAUAAUGAAUAGGAUUUUGUGUGCAUGUUUUUCCUCUGCAGGGAGCAGUCAGGAUAAUGGGUUUGUAUUGCCUUCUGCUGCUGUUCACCCAUUUAGGUGAGUUCAAAACACUGUUGCCUUUUAAUUUUUCUCUCAUUUCCCUGCAAACCUGAUACAACUUUUAGUACACAGAGCCUUGCACACAAAUGGGUUUGCUACCAUCCAUUCCAACUAGUGAGGAAGACACCUCUACAUCCCAUGAGGGCUCAUGGCUUGCUGCAUGACAUCUGUAUUUUACACUAGGUAGCUGUAAGUAGGCAAUUCGUCGCUUAGGGUGGACACUUAUUUCCUACUAUUAUGAGCUCAGUCUUUAGUGUCCCUCAGGAGAGACGUUAUUUCCUACUGGGUUCACCAAAAAGUGUUUGGGUUUUCAGCCCCCCACCUUUAUUCAUGGGCCUUGCCAAGCAUGCCGUUUUGAUUUUAUUGGGGAAGGAAGGGAGGGGGGUGUAGGAGGAAACUAUCACAAAACUAUAUAACAUAAACAACUUUCUAAUGUAAACUGCAAGCACUGCUUAGCAAGGAAGAAGUUAACACUUGGGGGAGGAUGGGGGACUCAUUAGGGCGAAGAUAUAAAUAGCAACCCAGGAAGCUUGGGGAGGAACACAGGGAAGCUAUGAGCCCUGAGCACAGAUGAGUGAAGGUCUCCCUGAAAGCCCUCUGCUGCACUACCGCUGGGGCUGGGAUCUGGUCCUCCUUGCAGCAUCCCAAGACUAGGCAUGCUCCAACAGGAUCCCCACAUAACUGACUGGUUGGUUAACGGUGAACUCAAAAUGCAUUUAGGUCACCCAAAAACUUCCUAUGGAGACACAAGCCUCACUGCUCCUACCUACCCCUGCCUACCCCAAACCUUCCUGGGUCCCAAGCUGGGAGCUGCUCUGUGCCUGCUCCAAUGCUCAGAGCAGGAUUUCCAUUUUCCCAUCCGCCUUGAUGCCUCAGGCCUUCUGGUUUGUUUUUCAUCUGAAUGGGAAAUGUGUAAUGAGAAACUGUUUAAACAACUUAUGGUACAAGGAAACUCGCGGGGGUAGAGCAUGUUAUAAUUAAUUUCCAAGGAAAUGAUGCACUCUCCAAAAGCGUUCCUCUCAAGCGCUGCAAUUUAAAGUUUCAGGAUGCCUACUGGUCCCUUCAGAGCUUCCUGCAGCCCUGGACCACAAUGACAAAGCACAGAGUGCCCAAGCACACUGUGCUCUGACCCGCAGUUACUUGCAUGGGUGGGUCCGAGCAUGCUGGUGCUGGUGAAGGAAAGCCCUUGAACGAUGAAGUGCCAGAGGAAAUAUCUUGUGCUAUUUCCAGCCCUGCAUUUUUACAUACAAAGAGUUUCUGAUCAGAUGCAUUUCUGAAGCUUAUCUGUGUGAAUAUUUGACUGCUUACCCAAGAAGAACAAAAGCCUUCAAACCUUCUGAGGUCCAUCCAUCAUGAGCCUUAUCUCCCCAUGUCACCACAUGGCUCCCGGCCACUGAGAGCCUCCUGCUACCAAUGUCCUCCCACCAUCUCUUCUCUCUGAGUGGAUUCACAGCAUUAUUCAUGAUCUUCUGCUUGGCUCCCUGCUACUCUAGUGAUAGCUCUGUGUGCAGCCAGCCAGCAUCCCAUCCAGAUGCAUCCAUGAUGCUCCACUGCUGCCCACUGCUUCCAUCCCCAACAUAUAUCCUGAUGGAGCCAGCAGGUGGGAUGCUUAAGAUCUUCACACCCCGAAACAUCCUGGUACCACUCAGUAGCUGAGCUCAGUGCCUGAGCCUCCAGGAUGCACAAUGAGGGCUGAGCAAGUACUUGGGGAUGAUGCCUGUGCUGGGGGCCCCAUGGGUGUUCCUGGCCAUAUAAGAUAGCAGAGUGGAUGGUGUUAGGCUGAAUUUACACACUGCAUUACUCAGGCUUGUCAGAGGAACCUGCACAGUGUGUUGUAUUGCACUCACAGAGCAUUUCUUACUUUGAAGUUGAGCUGGCACAAAAAUUUGCCCACAGUCUGCAUUCCAGUCAAAGCCAUGGCCAAGAACAACAGAGUGAAGACAUUGAAAAGAGCCACCCAUCCACAGUGCAUCCCAGCAGGCUGGCUCAGGGCAGGGAUCAGCAUCUGAGAGACUGUAGCUUCAAAGCUGGUGCACAGUGGCAGGGAUCAGAAGCUUUGGUGCUGGCUUGCUUCUACACAACCUUCAGCAUCAGGGUGGCCCGUUCUGGUGGGCACUGCUUUCUCGUGCCCGUUUUCACAACACAAUCUGUCCUGUGGGCUGUUGUUGCUCUCCUCUCCAUAGUUUUAAUUUUUUUUCUCUGUUUUGUUGGCAAGGAAGGUAAAACUAAUUUCCCCUCAUACAUGACAAUGGCAAGAAUACUGUUGACUCAAUAUUGACUCAAUAGUAUGAGGCUAAAUGUAUUUUUAUACUGUGUAUGUUAAGCUAUUUAUAAAUAUUAUAUCACUUCUGGGUCAUCUUCGGGGUUUAAAAUAAAGUCCUAAUUUAAACAUAAUUUUCCAGUGUUGACAGAUGUGAUAAAUACAUUUUUGUUCCAGUAAAACCUAAUUUCAACAAUGUUUUGCAAAAUUCACUGCAAGCUAAGGAUUAUUCCCAGAUUUUUUUGUUUUGUUUGUCUUCAUCUCCGGUGUUUAGUUUAAUGCCACGUUCCAUUAUAGAAAAACCAUUUGUGACUGCAGUAAUUUGUUCACCAAAUCUCUGCUUAAGCAAUGGGAGAAUGCUCAUGAGAAGAACUCAAGAGAGGAGUUAGCUCAUGCCAUGGAAAUUUUGGGGCAGUUACAGCAUUUUUCUGCACCGCAGAAGACUAAAAGACAGUUGCCACCCCUCCUUGAAGGGGCCCAGGGCACUUGGCCUUCUGCUAACACAACUGGAACACAUGUGCUCGGUCACAGCCUGAGGCAUGGCAGUACUUCAUUAACACUGCUACAGGAAAUUGCACAUCUGUGCAGUGGCUGAAGACAGAAAACCUGUCCCUAGAGCCCCAGUGGCACACGUGACUUACACACUCAAACCUCCCCUCUUAAAUCAUGCUCGUCAGUAUUAAGAUGACGGCCACCUCCCUCACUCCAGAGCAUCCUUCUUCUUACAAAGGCUGCUUCUGAAGCUUUGCAGCUAGUCACAGAACCAGCCCUCAUGGCACUGCUAAAACACUCGGAGGCAAAUUUUUGGCCAUUGAACUAAGCUUGAUAUUCAAGGUGAUGCCAAAAGAAAGACAGAAAGAAUGGGAAGAAUAGGAGAGAUUUCAUGUCCAGAAAGUGAGGUCAAACAGAAGAUCUCCAUCUAUGAGAAGGUUGCAUUUCUGUUGCUGAGCUUUCCACGAAAGUUCUAAGUCUCUCCAGAAUUUCUCUGGACCUUCUCUACUUUUCCUGCUUUCCUGCCUAAACAGCUAUGAGGAAGAUCUCUUUUUCUGGAAAGAAACAUUUUCAUUCUCCAGUAAAAUAUCAUCCUCUUGCAUCAGUUACUAUUGAUCGUGGAUGUAAAUGCAGCAAAACAGAGCCUUUAUAUGUUGUGAGGUGAGGCAGAUCCUGUACUUACACAGGAAAAGUACAAGGAACAAUGAGCAGGAAAAACAAUUUGUUUUGAAGUGUUUUGGAGCUGUUGUCUGUCUUCUGAGCUCCGCAUCAUCCAACCCAUACUGCCCACUCCUCCUCCCCCUUGGACAAUCAAGAGACAAUGCUAUUUGGAGAGCAGCCAUGUGUGCUGGAGAUGUGCAAGUACUGACACUUGUGGACUGCCUUCCAUCUGCUCAGAGCCUCCGGGUGCUGAGCUGAAAUUACCUGGGAAAGGGGCAUGCAGAAAGGGAGAGAUGUCUUCUGGUGGGUUGCUAAGGAGGUGGCUCAGGAUGCUUUGAUGGAGACACGCAAAAGACAUCAUCCAGUGUCACCUGCUGUGAUAAUCUUUUCAGUGGGAGCAGGUGCUGGAGGGCAAUCUUUCUGGUUUUUUUUCUUGGCUGUGGUUCACUUUAGUCACUAAGACUGAGCAAAGAGGAUUAUUAGAGCAGCGGCUUGGGAGGUGAGCUUACUGGAGCUGUGUCCAUAGUUCUGCAGGCUUCAGUUGGUUCUGAAGGAAGACACCAGCCUUGCUGAGCAGUCAGCCCCAACCAAGGCAUUGGCCGAACUGCCUGCACCAGAGGGUUUCAAUGGUCAACUCCUUCCUCACAUCCCCUGGGGACGAAGUCUGGAUCAAAGAUGCAAAGCCCUGCUCACAUGGAGAAAUGCCUCCGACAGCUCCUGCCCUUCCUAUGUGGGAAUAGAGUGAUAGGCAGGGCAGGUUUAUAGUGAACCAGUCCUUCCUGGCUCUGUGAAAAUGCAGUGUCUGUCCUUGUGUGCACAGAGGCUCAUGCCUAGAGCAGACGGCAGCAUAUCAUUGGUUUGGUUUUAAAUCCCCAGCGUGUUGCACUAGUUGACUCCCCGCCAGUCCUCCUCCGCUGCCCUCAGUGACCAGCACACACUCUGGUGACACUCCUUGCUACACAAAGCCAAGAGCCUGAGGAACUGAGGUUCCUGUUUUGCCCUCUUGCUUCUACUGAUACCCCCUGGCCCCUAGCCACUCCUUUUCCACCAGUGAAAGAGGAAGCAUAAGGUUUGCAGCACCGCUUUUUGUGCCAUCCCUGGGUGCUCCUUUGCUUCAGGACCCAUUUGACACCUAAUUUCAGAAAUAGAAAAACUAUUGAGCUUGGCUUCCUACUUUGUGGCAAUCUUAGCUAGAAGCUGUGUUAAAUAACGUACUGCAAAAUAAAACGUGUACAGAGCUGUAGGAAUAGGAACAAGCAACACACAGCUCAGCAAGGCUUGGAGCCGUGCUGAUAAGACAAUUUCCAAGAAAAUGCCCAACCCUUAAAUUCUAUAAACUCUCUCUUCCCAGGUCAAUAACCUUUUAUGGGCUGAAUUUUGCUGUCAUCCUAUGUAAAAACACGGUCAAGGCAGAACUUUCUGUGAGUGAUAGCAGAAGGAGGAGAAACUGCGUUAUUACAAAGGGCUCAAAAAACUUUCUGGCAUAGAAAACCCAAACACACAAGGAAGGGGAGGUUUGGUAAGAGCUCCACUGCUCUUCGGUCAGGUCUCUCUUUGCUGGUGUCACACGGCCGGGCUCAGAGCCCCUCCAGGAGUUUACCCCACAGCACCCCAAAUUCAGAGAAAGCCUGGUCUCCUUGCAGAGGUUUUGCAUAACAACCUGCAGUUCUGAUAGGAAAAAUGUUGUGUGGCUCUAGUCAAAGCACCAAGAGGGGGCUAGUUAGACUCACUCGAUUGCUUGGCUCCCUUGUUUCAUAGGGAUUUUUUAACAUAUAUGCAGGUGUGAGAGUUGACACAACACAGCAUGCAGCACUUUGGAGUCCAUCCAGCUUGUGUAUAAACACUUUUGAUCCCUUCUUAAAACUCUUUGGAGAUGUUUCAUAAACAUUAAACGCGUCUGAUUUCUAAGUCAUGAGCUCUUGGCCUGGCAGUCAUCCUGCAAUUGGACAAUCCUGUUGUUCACCAGAGCCUGGAGACUGAGGGACUUUAGCAUCUGCUCCAGGUGGGUCAAUUAGGGGAUCUUGCAGGGCUGAAGCCAAUUGCUGCAGCUUGCCCAGGGGAGGCUGGUGAUGCUGUAAGUGUAAUUUCCCAAUCCAGGAAUUGUUGGUGGACCCUGAGCUGCCUUGAGCCUUGCAGGUCUUGCUAGCUCUGCGCAUCAGGCCUCAGCUGCCCCGUGAGCCAGGUCUCAGGGAGGUCACUGGAAGGACUCCAGUGGCCUGAAAUAGGAGUUGACUCAUGCCCCGAGAGCUCAAAAUAAAGUGUCUCUGCAUAUUAAAAAAUAUUAUGGAAACUGUAUCAUUCAUGCACAAAAGCCACACUACAAACUUUAUCGUAUAAAAUGCAUAAUAUUAUAAAUGGAAAGGAAAAUUGCAUAAGGCCUGGUGCGCAUUAACAUUGUUGGCCUGUGAAAACGUCCUUUCCCAUAAACACAGCUGUGACCUUGGGUCUAGCACAUGUAGGUAUCUGAGGCUAGAAAAUUAAGCCCCUGUCUGCAUUCCCUCAAGGUGCCCAUUUUCCUGUUGCAGUAGUUCAUUCCGAGGCUCAUCCCUUGCAUUGCUGGGAACAACCUUGAGCUGAUGCAUUUGACAGAGCUGUAACCAUAGGCUGUGCUGUAUGGCCUCUCAAACACCACAGCAGUGCCAGCUGCCACAAGGAUAGGGCUCAGAGCAUCAGCCUGCAGGAUGUAGCACUUGGCUUGGCUUUUGUGUGACCUUUGACUCUGAGGUCAAAUCCUGCCCCACAGAUGGCGGCCAGGAUUUGGCUGCGGUGCUCAGCAGUGCAUCAGGAGCGGACUGGGCGCAAUGCAGAAGCAUGGGUCUGUCACCUCACAGCACUGCUCAGCAGGCUGAACCCAAGGCCCUUUCCAUUUGUCCCUCUGCUUUGCCUCAACACUAGCCCAGGACACUACUGUGGCAGAGGUGUCCCAGUGCACAUCCACCAGCCAAAAUAACCAACUGAGUGCAAACACAUUUCAGCUUCCAGCCAAGCAGAAACAGAUGAAAAAGCCGCGAUUGCUAUAAGACUGUCUAAUUUUGCUCCCAAAAUGUUCAGUUCAUUGGUCUAAACAAGGCUCAGGCCUGUUGAUGAUGCUGUGCAGGCUCUACACAAACACGGAACAUGGUAGUUGUAUCUGUGACAGGACCCUCCUGCCCCAGUGUUAUGGCUUAGGAUGUGGGUCAGCUAACUGGGCUAUACUGGUUCCUCAUGGAGCGUGUUCUCCCAGCUGGCAUCAUGAGACACCAUCUGCAAUGACUGAACUCUUCUUGUAUUUUGGAAAUUUAACAAAUAAAUACUUGUUCAAAAUAAACUGGUGUUUUUUGGUGGGAGAAACAAGAGUGAACCAUCAGCCUUGGUGAUGUUGUGUAUGGUGUAGAGCUCCGCAAGUACUGGGCAAUGCCCCAGCAUCUUGCCUGCCCUGUCCAGCUCGCUUCUCCUCCUGCAAUGGGCUUGGAUUGAAUGCAGGGGUCUGACUGCAGAGAGUAAUAGGGUGCGAACACUCACUUUCAUUUUUCACUCUACUUUUUUGGAAGGUGGAACAUUUUACAGUUGACAGCACCAUGCUAAACCCGUAUGAGGCAAGCAACUAUUUUUAACCAGACAGAGACUAUCUGAGAGUCUAUUGCUGAAUCAUUUUAAACAAGAAAGAAAUCAUGGGAUCCAAAAGCAGAGCGGGUAGGAGGGAGUAGGAAAGCUAUCAUCCGCUUGUUCCAGCAACCACUGAGCUACUUCAAGAUCGUGAUGACGACAAUCUUGAAGAUACAGCGCCUGCAGGGUCAUCUCCAGCAGCGGCUGCUUUUUAUGAAAAGCCUGUGCUUCCAGAGGGAGAUGGGUGUUCAAGUUAUUGCAGCAUGAGCUCAUUAAACCCUUUUGCAGCCAGGUACACCUUCAGAUCUGGGGAAAGAUGGGAUCUGUGGAGUAAAUCUUAGGCAAGGUUUGGGUUAUGCCAGGGUACGACAGCAGAACCCUGUGGAUAUCUGGCAGCCUGUGAUCUCUCUCUCCAGACUCUGCUUUGCUUUGAUCUCACCCAAAGACAACUAACAGCACCAUCAAUUUGUUAAUUACGGGGCUUUGCAAGGGGACAUUCCUGUUGCUAUUCACCUUCCUUGAAGGACAGGAGACCUUGUGCAGGGUUUGGUGCUCCUGCAAGAGCUGACCUUUUUGCUGGAGGAAGGGCAUGCCUGCAGGCCACACAUGGCUCGAUCUGUCCCCAGUUCAGUUGCCCUGAGUAACAGGGCCUGACACACGUGUUUUUCCAGAACGCAACCUCUUCAGAUCAAAUUAAUACUGUGAUUUCCAUCUGCUUCCUCCUCAACACAAACGAUGAAGACUUCCUGCAGGUAACAGCCAAACUUGCUCAAAGCUAGGACAUUAAAAUCAGUCUUUUGUUCUUGAGCACCUUCUGUAGUCUGAUUACUGUAUCAGUUCUCCCUUCUGACCUACAGAUCUGUAGGUCCCAAAGCAGCAGAAAGGGGCAGAACAGGGCAGGCAGGGAUGGAGUGGUUCCUCUGUGGGUCUGGAGGCUCAUGUAGGGAGGUUCUUACCUCUGGGUCUCCCAUUGCUUGUGGGAUGAAGACACUUAAGAGGCCUCAGAUCAUGACCCUGGGCCUGGUGUCAUCACACACCAAUCUCAGCCCUGCAUCCCUGCUUUGUGGUCUCCCAGGCAUCUCUGAAGUGGCAGCUGAGGUCUGUGGUUACACCACCAGAUUAACUGCCUUCCCCAAAUGAGGCGUGCAUAAGAAUAGUUGAGCUCUAGUCAUUCUGUGCCCAUAGGUCCUCUUUGUGCUAAGAGGAACCGAGACUUCAGUGGGAACAUCUUGCAUCUUGCAUGCUUUUCCCUUCUCCUGCUUAUCAGGGGGGUUACACCCGGUUGAUUAUAUUAAAGCCUAAGUUAUACAUGAAGCUGUGAAGCACAAGUAAAAAAUGCUGCUCAUGAGCAGACACCCCUGAAGAACAGCUUGUUAAUAAAGGAUGAAUAGAAUGCCUUUUACUCAACAUCAAGACAUUUUUGUUCCCUGCUUUUUAGCAAAGUAUAAGGUUGAGACUGAGCCAGGAUGUUCCUAUCUUUGUGCAGUUCCACAUUUGCACUUUGUCACAUCUAGCUCUAUCACCUGAGUGCAUUGCAAGCAUAAGCAGUGCUGGCACAUCUAAAUGGGCACAGCCUUCAGAAGGCAGGGAACAGACAUCUGGAGAACAUAAAUCACACCUCUUUCCUGAACGCGUUGCAAUUGCCAGUACUUACCUUACAAGUGGGACCUCGCCUGGUCAGAGAUCUCAAAGCCCACACAAAGCGUAUUCCUUCUUUUCUCAAAAGCACAAAGUGCUGAGUGCAUCCUUACAGAAUGUCUUGGUUGCUCAAGAUGCAGUGUGCUGAACUGCAGCUUUCUUGGCUUACUCUGAUCACCAGGUGUCUGUUCUAGUGGGAGCUUCAGGUGUGGUGGAUUUAAAUCUAAUCAGUGAAAAAUUCACGAACCUGAGCAUGCAGCCCCCAUGCUUAGGUCUGCAUCACCACUAGAAAAAAGGCUGGCUGAUGCCUUCAGCAGCGUUCAAGUCCCUCAUCCAGGGGAAGUGCUGCUGUGGCUUGAGUCUGCUCCUGUGUCUACAGGUCUGCAGGUUCCCCCUUUGCCUGUGGGUUGUGAGGUCUAUAUCCCUGUUGCACUAACUGAUGCUGUUGGUGUUUUCCUUCUUGUUUGUUCAGCAUGUAAUUACAACUCUACUAGCAGCAGCAGGGCUAUGUCAUUGUAUCUUUCUAACUAUGUUUUUCUUGGCAGCAGUUUUGAUUUUCUUGGCACUGCAAAUAGGGCAUCUUUGCAGAUGUGCACACUUGCUAGCUGCAUACUCCAUUUCCCCUUCUGUGCACCUUGUGUUUGCCUCUAAAUAUUCAAACUUUGCAAAGCACUUAUUUUGCAAUUCUUCCCUUGCUUGUGCACAAAGGCUAAUGCAAUUUCUGUUCCUCUGUAAUUUUCACACGUCAUUACUUAUCUUGGAUUAAAGUUGUCCUUAAUUACAUGCGUGAGAUCUUUAAACUUUCUUUUUUGAUAGCAGUUCUGAGCUGAUCCAGGCAAGGAUCAGGAACAGUUUGUGCUGGUUCUGCACAAGCACACGCAGCCCUCCCAGCCCCCAAGUGCCGCUGAUCUAACCUUCACACAGGACAACAGAUGGAUACGGGCAGGAAAACAGGAGCACCAGGAAACGAUGAUGCAGCAUUACCCAGCAUGAUAGGUGUACGUGCUUGGCAUGCAAACCAUCUUCAGACCUUUGUCAGUGGCAGUGCAAAUGGAUUUCAGAACUGCAAAGGGUAAAUAAGUACUUUUGAGGCGAUCUUUCUGUUGCUUUCUUUCUUUACUGCAUCCACAGACAGCGUCAUGAUUUGUUCUUCCUGCCCUGGGUGUGCACCUUCCUAACAGAGGCAGUUUGGGGUUGCGUUGUUCCCUCAGCAAUUCAGCAAAGUCCGGUCCUUGCUUGUGGCAGUUCUGCCUCCAGCCUCCCACAGCACCACCAUGGGCUCUCGCGGGAUUCACAUCCAAAUCCUCCAGCAUUCCAUCCCCAAUGCUACUGGAAUGUAACCCAGCCUUUCUGCUAAGAGCUGACAGUCAACUUGGACACGUAUAGUUUGGCACUAUGGAGUUGUCCAUUUUCCUCUAUUAUCAAUUACAUUUCUUAACAGUGCCUUUUGCAACACUAAAACAAAACCAAAACAUGCACACACCCCAGUGCUUUUUCCUGCUUUAAACUCAUCACAAACCCUGCGCCACACUGCCAAAAGCAGCCAGACCCUUCUGUUUCUUUUUCAUAUAUAUCUAUCCACUUAGUCGUGGAUGUUUGGGAUGCCCGGGGUUCAGUGGCUCAGAUGGUGCUGCCGGCCGUAUGCCAGGCGUGGGCAGGCAAGGCCCCUGCCGUUGUGCUGGGACUGCCUUUGUGAAAAAUAGGCCAAGAGAUGGGGAAAAACAGGGCUUUCUCCAGCAAGCCUCACCCCAGCCCCUCUGCGCUGUGCUUUGCUGUUAAGCCUUUCUGUGCUUAUCCAAGACGAGCAGCUUCUCCUCACCCAGCACAGAUACAAAGCCCAGUUUGGGGGCAGCUCGCACAAUUUCUGGCCAGUGCUCCUGCACAUCUGACCAGCCAGUUUUGCAGAAGCCACAAGCUUGCUGCCCCCGAAACAUUUUCAGAGCACAAAACUAAGCUGAAAGGAGGAAUUUUGUUUGGAAGUAUGAGGCGUUCAGAAGCAGUCUUUGUUGAGGCCAAGCUUCCAUACGUCGCGGCCGGGCCCGACUCCUCUCACAGGCAGCCCCACAGACAGAGGCCCUGCCCCAUCACCUCAGUGCAAGACGGGAUUUCGCACUUCCCAAGGAAGCCUACGAGGCCGGAUCUUUGUGACCUGGGCACGGCUUUGCACUGGAGCCCUUCUGAAGCCCUGUAGCUGGAAGCCUGUGGCUCAGGUGACUCAGAGCCGGUGGAAGCACCUCACUUCCUCGCCCGCCAGCCCCAGCCUCCCCUUCCAGAAACUUCCCCUGGUGCUCAGCUGGCUGCUUCCCGGUGUGAGGGUUGUUUGGUGGGUUUUUUCCAGUGUGUGCUAUGUACACAAUUAAACAAAACUCCCUCCUUUUUUUUUUUUUUUUUAUUGUCCUCUGGAGAAACUGUGCUGGCAUGCAUGCCUCAACCUUUGGGGAUGGUUCUAUUGUUUUAGCUGCUAUCAAAGUCAAGGAAAAAUUAAUCACACUUUCCUUCGGUGCAGUGGAAGUGAGCUUGCUUGCCAACAUGCCUCAGCAGAGUUUGCAGUUGCCCAAAGUUUCUCUUCAGUGACAUACACUUUGUUUGGCGUUACAAGGUGACCGCUGCCAGCACAGUAUUGGCUCUGCCACCAAUCUGAGUCAAAUCAGUCUGAAGUAGUUGAACAGUCUUUCACUGUCAACAAGUAGCCUUGGAAGACUGCAAGGAAAGUCCAGAGGAGGGAAGUUUUUUGACGUAAUUCAAGUAACAAAAAGUAAACUGGCAGCCUCAUGCUACAGGAUUAUCGCCAAAUCCAUCAUCUCAUUUCCAAGGGCUACACCUGCCCUAGAAGCAUGUCAGGUUGUGGUGCAGAGGUGUACCUGCUUUUCUGAAGUGCCAGCACAGUAGCCAUUCACAACCAGCAGCUUGCCUCAAUGCAUUUGGUGUCAGGAUUGCAAAGUCUGAGCUGCAUGAUUUCCAGAAGACCACAGGGGAGUCAGAGCAUCCCCAGGGCUGUGGACAUUCAGAGCAGUUGCUACUUAUUUCACCAGCUUGGUCUAUGAAGCUAAGGCUUCCCUCUGCCUGUCCUUAAUGGAGAACACCUGUUGAGCUCCAGCUGAGUCUGAGCACCCAGUAAUGCCUGAAUAAAGCCAGGGGAAAAGUGGGGCUGCAGGGUGGGUGUUACUUAGAGCCAUGCAGUGGAUUUGCUGCCAGUUGUCCCACCCUGCUCGAUGCUCCCCUGUCCCUGCAGCGUGAGGACCAGGGCUGUGUGACUGACCAAACACGCUGCAUAUAGCACAGGGAUGUUCACUUCUCAAUUUACCACCAAACACUGAGCAGUGACCUGCAGCAGGUAGGAGACACUUCAACAGGUAGAGAGCUGCAGGUAGUAUCCUCGUUGCCUUCUGCAUGAGCCCUGGGCCUAUCCUGUCUCUGUCCCCAAAGCAGUGGAGUUCUGUCCUCUUGUAAGUAUUUUCCAGAGUCCAUCUAAUCAACAUUUCUCUGAUAAUCCAACGACUACAGCAUUGAUAGGCUACAACUCAGAGCACAAACUCAGUGCUUUCACCUCUGACUUGUUGAAGUUUCCAGGGGAUUUGCAGACCCACAGAGCAGGUUUGGGCUGGACAGUACUAGGCUUGCUCUUCUUCACCUAUAGCUUUGCCAUACGCUGCUUCCACACACAGUGUUGAUGUGAGAGAUUUUCACUGUCUCCUUCUCCUGCGUGCCAGGCACUGACUGGAGUUAAAGCAACUUCAGUUUUAAUAAUUUUCUUUGAGAGUAAUUUUAACCAGCUGCUUUUACAGUUCACAAACACUGCUGCCGCUGCGUAGGCUGCUCCUUCCAGCAGUGAUGUGAGAACCAUCAGCAGCCAGGCAUGAAGCCACUCUGAAAUCAGAUCAGCUGCCUCUUACAGAUCGCAGCUUGAAAAACAUUGCCCUAAAUUCACACCUUGCUUCAAGCCAUCUCCAUCUUCAAAGGCAGCUCCUGUUCUUGAACGCCUGCUGUUAGACAGCCCAGGGCGGUACUGAAGGAAGUACCAGCGAACCCAAAGGGAAAGGCUGUGCCUUCAAGGCUGUGCACACCUAUCUUGUGUCAAAACACCAGCAUUUUGUUAGAGGUCACACACUUUUCAGGGCUUUCACGUGCUGCUUUUCCUCAUUCCACACCCAGAGGAUUAUUUUUUAAAUAGAAACUUCUUAGGUAGCCCACAGGCAUUCAGACCAGUAUUAGUUCAGCCUGUCAGCCAGAGCAGUGCUUCACUUGAGGCAUUACGGCAGCCCUGAGAUCACUCAGCGUGCAGCCCUACAACACCUGAAGGCCAGAGUUUUCCUGCCCACAGAGCAUUCACCAGAGCAGAACAGCCAUAAACAAAUCCAAUGGCAAAUUUAUACGCAGCAGUUGAGAACUUGUUCAUCGGUGCUCACUCUGAUGGGGGUUACUUCACACAUGCAAAAACCUUGCAAAAUCUGGCACAGAUCCACUGUGGUUUAAUGCAAAAUAGCCUAAAAAAAAAAUCCACAACAAAACCCCAAUCAUGCCUAUUAAAAAAAAGCCCUUAAAAUAAGGCAGGGAGAAAAAAAAGAGAAGCAUUGAUUUCCUCUUUCACAGUUGGCUAGAGCCGCAGACUGCCAGCAUUGGGUUGUGGAUUUAUCACCCAAUAGCUCCAGUAUCAGACUGUCAUCCUUGAGGGCUUCAGUACCUAAGGUGGCUGUGCCAUGGGAACCCUUCUUCUGCAAAUACAGUUGUGCUGGUCUGAAAUAGAAGUGAGAAGACACUUUGCUAACAAACUAACAAAUACUUACAAAUACCACCAAGCCCAAGACUUGUAUAGGAGGAGGUUUUGCUUCAGUCUGUUUCCAAAUAGCACUGCUAAGUAUUUGGGAGCACAGAUAAAUCCUGAGUUUUGGUCCUAUCUGUCAGCUAGAACUGCUCCCAAUGAAAAAAGGUAGAAAAUGAGACAGAAAAUCACAAAAUAAUUCCAGCAAAGGGCAAUACAAAUAACAGCAACCAGAAAUUAUAAGGGAACCCUUAGCCUACUCCUGAGAAGUCAGUGGUAAUUUGCCAUUAAAUUUCAACUGAAAAAACCUCCUUUCCUUUCACUUAAUGUUCCACAUGAAUUAUUAGAAUGAACUCUGUCAACUAUCCCCUUCUUGGUCUUCCUUUUUCUCAGACUUCAUACAACCAGUUUGCAAAGGCAGGACAGACUAUACAGAUCUGAUUCCUGGGCUUAUAUUUCAAUAUAAGCAUGGCCACAAUGAACAGCCCCUAGUCUCAAAGCAUUGUUUUAAAAACAGCAAUAAGAUGACUAAAAUACAUGUUCCAUCUGUGUAACUGAAUAAUACAGAGCAGCAAACAUGGUACUUCAGAUGUAGAGCUGUUACAAAGGGAAUUGUCCUUUGAUGCUAAGACUAUAGUGCCACAGUCUUAGCCAUAGUACCAUGUUUGCUGCUCUGUUUUAUUCAGGGAGGUGGUGGAGUCUCCUUCUCUGGAGAUGUUCAAGACCUGCCUGGAUGCCUUCCUGUGCAACCUGCUGUAGGGAACCUGCUUUGGCAGGGGGUUGGACUCGAUGAUCUCUGGAGGUCCCUUCCAACCCCUACAAUUCCGUGAUUCUGUUGUUCUGUGAAUUUGCAUUACCCAAGGAAAAAAGAAGAUCCAGCACUACGAUCAGUUACUGGAAUUGAUAACUCAAGCAGUGUAGCUACAGCACGCCUAUCACCUGCCUUCAGGAUGGAAAAGUCCCAGUUCAGCUUCCUAGAGAUGAAGCAUGGUGUGUGAGAGGUGUGCAGCUCUACUUCUCCUGGCCUCACUGUUAGCCUGGCUGGCAGUACCUGAGACAUAGAGCAACGAGGCACUGCCACCUCUUGUUCAGGCAGUGCAAUAGAGAAGUCCAGCAGGAACCUGCACAGCCCAGAGGUGGGCAGCAGCACAUAGGCAAUGGCACAAACCACAGAUUCAAAGUCAACUUUCACGCGUGUGUAUGUUUAUUAUUUCAAAGUACAGUAUAUACAGAAUAUAUAGUGAUAUUUUCAAAAACUUUAUACAGAAGCAAGUAUCUACAAAAUUUAAUCAAUAGACACUCUGUAUACUCAGACAACAUAC